AUGCCUUCAGAUUCAUCACUCGUUCUCCUACUGCUCUUCUCCAUAGCCUUCAAUCUGCUCUCAGUAGCCCACGCCACGAUCGGAAGCGAAGAAAUCGGAGGAGGGAUUGGGCGGAGGGCGCUGCUGAGUCUGAAAGAAACACCUCACGGAAGCAACGCCACCUACGAAUGCUCUCCUGCAGGCCCUUGCGUUCCUUGCCUUUACCCCGAAAAGAAAGACGAGAAAUAUCGCUGCAGUGAGACUGGGUAUCGCAUCCCUUUGAAAUGUGUUGAAAUGAAACUUGGCUCAAAGGAAGCAAAAGAGAAAGGUGCUCAAAAGAGUCGAUCUGCUCUGGAGAUCUCCCACAACGUUGAAGAAUCGCAUAAUGCAGAGGACCUCGGUGCUUACGUAAAGCAUAGAAGUUUACUUGAUGAUUCAUCCGCACAAGAGCCACAGGCUUACAUUACAUAUAGAAGCUGUAUACCAGCAGUUAAUGAAGAGAAGUUGUCGGUGCUUGGUUUCGAGGUGAUCGUGCUGUUCUUGUUGCUCAUCAGCGGUUCAUUAGUAUACUUCAGAAGAAAGCAGACUACUUCAACUGCAGGAUUUGUACGAAUUCAAAACAACUCGAGGUUUUAAAUGGAGAUUCAAUGCCACAUCGGAAGCUCACUCGAACUGUACCGUCUUCUGCCUUCAAUUUCAUCUGCAUAAUAUUUCUCACAUAGCUUACUAUUCUUCCGUUAGGAAUGUAUUGCAAAAGCUCACUUUAUGCUCGUCGAUCUAGUUACGCUUGUGCGAAAGAAAUGUAAAGAAGGUCCUGCAUUACCAUGCAGUUCAAUAUAAGUUAUUUUUCGGUU